CUCCGUGCUGGAGGACAGAAGGCGCCGGGAGCGGCGGGGGCUUUGGACUGUCUCUUCCGACUGACCCCGGGUGUCGCCUGUCGGUGCUGGGGCGAGGGGAGUGCUGCAGUGUGUGUCAGGCGGCGGGGACCAAAAUACAUCUUGAGUUCUUCUUGACUUGCCAGUUUUCAGCCUCCUCAUGCCUCCAUCUCCAUUAGACGACAGGGUAGUGGUGGCACUUUCAAGGCCAGUAAGACCUCAGGAUCUCAACCUUUGUUUAGACUCUAGCUACCUUGAAUCUGCUGCCUCUGCCAGUGAGAGCCACGCAAGUCUUCUCAGCACAGCUGUCGUGUCCCUAAAGGCAGCUAAUCUCACGUAUAUGCCCUCAUCCAACGGCUCUGCUCGCUCCCUGAGUUGUGGAUGCAGCAGCGCCAGUUGCUGCACUGUGGCAACGUACGAUAAGGACAAUCAGGCCCAAACUCAAGCAAGCACCAGCAGCACCACCAACGUAGGAACCUCUGCUCCUUGCCCUGCUAACCAAAUGGUCAACAAUAAUGAGAACAUUGGCACUUUGAGUCCAUCAGGUGGUGUGGGGAGCCCAGCCUCAGGCACAACCAAGCAACUAGCUAGCAUAAAAAUAAUCUAUCCUAAUGACUUGGCUAAAAAGAUGACCAAAUGCACCAAGAGCCACCAACAGAACCAAGGGCCUGUCAUCAUUGACUGCAGGCCAUUCAUGGAGUACAAUAAAAGUCACAUCCAAGGAGCCGUUCAUAUUAACUGUUCUGACAAGAUCAGCAGAAGAAGGCUCCAACAAGGCAAGAUCACUGUCUUGGACUUGAUCUCCUGUCGGGAAGGCAAGGACUCCUUCAAGAGGAUCUUUUCCAAAGAAAUCAUAGUUUAUGAUGAGAAUACCAAUGAGCCAAGCCGAGUAAUGCCUUCUCAGCCUCUCCACAUCGUCCUGGAGUCGCUCAAGCGUGAAGGCAAGGAACCGCUAGUUCUAAAAGGUGGACUCAGCAGUUUUAAACAGAACCAUGAAAACCUCUGUGAUAACUCCCUCCAACUUCAAGAAUGCCCAGAAGGAGGAGGAGCAUCAGCAGUGGCAGCCACACUACCUCAGUCCAUCCCUACCACCCCAGACAUAGAGAAUGCUGAGCUGACCCCCAUCUUACCCUUCCUCUUCCUUGGCAAUGAGCAUGAUGCUCAGGACUUGGAAAAGAUGCAGAGGAUGAACAUAGGAUACAUAAUCAAUGUUACCACCCAUCUCCCCCUCUAUCAUUAUGAGAAAGGCAUGUUCAACUACAAGCGGCUGCCAGCCACUGACAGCAACAAGCAGAAUCUAAGGCAGUACUUUGAAGAGGCUUUUGAAUUCAUAGAGGAAGCUCACCAGUGUGGAAAAGGCCUCCUCAUUCAUUGCCAAGCCGGCGUGUCCCGCUCUGCCACCAUAGUCAUAGCGUACUUAAUGAAGCACACACGGAUGACCAUGACAGAUGCCUAUAAAUUUGUCAAAGGCAAACGACCAAUCAUUUCUCCCAACCUUAACUUUAUGGGGCAGCUACUGGAAUUUGAGGAAGAUCUAAAUAAUGGAGUUACACCACGAAUUCUUACACCAAAGUUGAUUGGGGUAGAGACUGUAGUGUGACAGUGAAGCUAAGAAGAGGCAUUUAAUAAAGAGAUUAUCGUAUUCUUCACUUGAUUUGGGAGUUGGGGGAGUGGGUUGGGUUUUUUCUUUUUAGCUUCUGGGUUCCUUUUUUUUUUUUUUUUGGGGGUUGCAAACUUUGUGAAUAAAAACCAUUUUUGUAAAGAAAGGUUUUUAAACAAGUCCAAGAACUUCACUACACAGGAUGGAAUGCCAAUGAGAUUCCCUUCCCAGAAACUGACAUAGCAGGGAGGCUUCACAACAAAACAAUUUUUAAAUCAAUACAACAGGAAAAAACAAAACCCUGGGCUUUUUCCCCCCCUUCCUUUUUUCAGCUACUUGUAGAGUUUAUGGCUAAGUAGUCUGUGCAGGUUCAUAGACUGAAGAAAGCUACAUUUAAGACAAAAUACAAACAGCCAAAACAAAGCAGAAAAGACUGUCAGUGAAAUGUGGGCCUUGAUUCUGCAAAGGGUUUGCUAAUGAUCACAAAACAAAAUGCUCACUGGUGGAAACGAGAUCAAAGCAGCUUUAAAAGUCUGCAAGCCACUUUUCACGCUCCUGGCAGAAACUAAAGGAAAAAAAUCUUUUAUUUGGCGUGUUUCAUGUUCCGGUUCUAUUUUUCUAUUUUUGGGUGCAAGGGGUUUUAACAGCAAGGGACUUUGACCAUUCUAUGCCAUAUGCCUUCACUGGCUUCUUGUGCAAUAAUAAGUUGGGGUUUAUUUUGAGUGUGCAAAACAAUUAGAGCUGGCUGCCCAAUAAUAAUAAUAAUAAUAAUAAUAGACGAGAAAUAAUUUUUAAAGUCUAAUAGUGCAACAGUGGCCAGCUUGUUCAGAAGGAAUAAAUGAAAGCAUUUUUUUUUCCUUUUUAUGAUUUGAUUCUGGUUCCAGUGCCAUAAACCUUGUUACAUAUGUAUAUCAGAAUGUACAAAAAUCAAGAACAAGCAAAGUUUAUUUAAGAUAUUUUUUCGCACAAGAUAUUGGUGUGUUUCAGUUGUCUAUGUAAAAAAAAAAAAAAAAUUUGAUUAUAAAAAUGAAAAUUCUUUUGGAAAACGUGUGUCCUUUUUAUUUCUUUAAUAAUUUUCUGUUUGCUUUCUGUGGGAUGGGUUGUUUGCUUUUGCAGUUUUAUUUGGAUAAAACAGGUAUCCCUAACUUUAUCUUUUCUUCUUUUAAGUGUUCUCUUCCUAACUUCUACUGGUGGUAUGUACUUUAUUUAUUUUUCCCUCUUUUGUUCUUCGCUCUCUUCAACCAUUUUUUAUCUUAUCUGACUCCAUCAAAUUCUAAGCAGUCUGACUGAACUAAACCAUCAGUGAGGACCUAAUGUCUUUUCAGCUUGGUAGUAAAGUACUCAUUUGGAAAACUGCAGUCCUUUCAAUGAUUUUUCCCUGGCCCCUGUCCUCUGCAAUUAGCUUAUCUCCUAUGUUGUAUUGCCUGUUCUACAGGAACAUGCUUGUCUCUUGUGUGCAUUUUACUGGCCUCUAGAUCCUACUCCAUUUUAACAAUCUUGCAGUUUCAAAUUCAUGUCAAUACUAUUGCAUAUUUCCCUUCAUCCUCUUCCUUUAUUCGCCAUGUCACUGUGUAAAGUGUGAUGCAUAUCAUAGAUUCAUUGUUUAUUGCUGAUCUUAAUUAGAUGGGUUCCCCCAAUCCUAUACUGAUUCCUUUAUUUUAAUGGUCCAACGUACCCUAGUCUAUUUAUGGACAGUUACCACAACAAAUUUUACUUGUAUGGACCUGAAAUGGAUAGAAAACCUUUUUGGUUGACUCUGUUGUGCGAAGUCUGAUAGCAGUGAAGACUCCUCAUAAAUCAAACUUUAUACAGACUGAGCUAAACUAAGACAGGCAUGUCAGAAAAAAAAUCAUAUGUAUGAUCACAUUAGACAUGUAUAUUUUUGUGGAUUUUUGCUUAAAAUGUUGUUACUAUAUAAAUAUUUUCUUGAAAUUUAUCCCUUUAU